AUGUCUGACACUUCAAAGAGUACUGAAUCUCGAAGCAAAAAGCGAUUGUCAUGGAAUCCGCUCCAACGGAUGUUAUCAAUUGUGACCGGCCGAAAUUCGACGGGAACUCAAGGCACAAAUUCUUCAGAUGGUGAUGGGAAAGUGAUGAUAAGAUGGACAGCUUCCUGCAUCAACACCUCUUGCCCUAUAUUCUCCAGAAGCCCAAAAUUCAAUAUGAUCUACAGUCCAGCUCCCUCGCUUCUGAUGUACGUCGUCGUCAUGUUGGCUUCAGAACACGCGACGACCAAAACGCUACAACGCCUUUUUGAGUUGUCAGAUGCGGAUAUUGAGGAAGUCCGCGAAAUGAGCUCGAAACUAACCAACCUGCGCGCGCCCAACCAAUUCUACUGUUUCGUGCGUUUUCUGGUCGACGAGGAGCGCACAACUACCGUAUCCAAAGAGCUGAUGAUUCGAAGUAAUGAAGUUUCGACGCAACAAGUAUUCGCUUCGAUCCGCCCGUCUCGAGUGGUCAAAUAUUUGAAUACGAUGACUUUCCAGCCUGUCUCCUUUAAUCGUCCCGCCCUUUUAACCACUAAUGGAUAUGGAUCGGCUGGAUUGAAUGCCAAAUGGUUGGGAACGACCCGAAAAGCCGGCCUACAUCGAUUCGCGUGCACCUACCAUAAGAAGAAGUUUGAGGUGUUUUUUGAGAUCCGAACUGCUUGGAGGAAAGUUAAUAUGGAUCAGUUUGAGGUAAUCGAAAUCCCAUUCAAGUUCGGUCGCAACUCUGACUCAUUCGGCUCUCUCAUCUUUCUCCGGCCCCAUUUUAUCGGUCAUCUGGCCUACGCGAACCGUCAGUUAACCGCUGAGCAACUCUCAAAAGCACUAGGCGAGCUUUUCUCUGCCACGUGGAUUCCUACUGGCAAACUUCUGAUCCCUCAAUUCACGACAAGUUGUUGUCACGACCUGUGGAAGAAUCUGAUGCGUCACGGAGUGCAGCCAGAUUUGGGACAGAGUCAAAAGGCCCCACCAAUGGCGUCUCUUUGGCAUUGGGCCAGUUUAAAAGUGUCAUCGGAUGGAAUACGAGGAGAUGUCGCUGUGAAAGAGAAGAAUAAGAGAACAGAGUCGCAGAAGGCUCUUCAGAAGACGUUUCACGAUUGUUUGCCUUCUGAAGGCCUUCUAGAGAAACACAAGACGUACGCGGCGCGUGUCGACUCUCCGUUCACCUAUAUUGUGAUGGUCCAUGGGAUUCCGAUCUUUACCGGGUCUUAUUUUGGAAGUCCGCCUCCAAAAUCUAUGGACAUUUUUGUGAAUGCCCCGGAGAGAAUUCGUCAUCGCCACACCGCAAUCAAUCGGAAACGCAAGGCCAAGGACACUCGAAAACAAAAACUGCUCCGAAAACUUCGAAAAUCUGAAGAACGAGAAAAGAAGAAGGAUCGAAAGAGGGCGGAAAAGGAGCAGAAGAAGAACUCGAAACGAAGCGCGUCACCGCCGGCGACGCCUUCAGCCACGACGACAACGACGACUUCGGAUUCUUCGAAAUCUUCUCCAUCGUCAAAAUCGUCUCCUUUAUCGCCGAAAGUUUCGAUAAUCGAUAAAAAGGAGGAGAAACAAAAAGAAAAGAGCAAAUCGAGCGGAUGGCGACGGCUGGCGAACCGGAUAUUCAGAAGAAGAAAUUGA